AUGUUUUCGACAAAGAGACGAUUUCUAUCAUCAUUGCUAUUGUUGCUUUUGUGUUUGUCGUCGUAGUUUUGGUUUUGAUCAUUCGAAAACGAAAACCCAAAGAAGAGUCUUCACAUUCAGCAACUCCGGAAAACCGUCCUCCAGAGUACGGUAAUCUAACACCUGGUGGAAAUCCGAUUCCACAACAUUCGCGUGGUGUUGUGCUGUGGAGAAGAGAUUAUAUCAACACGCAUUCUUCGCAGAGCUCUUGGUAUGACAGGCUCCAGCUAUUUCCACCAUUGGCUGUUGAUUGGCUUCGAAACGCGUGGGGAAAUGUUGAUGAGUCUGGCCACCAUGUUUAUGACGUCCUGGGACGUCAUGUCAGAAAUGUCUUCGUUCCAUACGACGAUUUGUGCUUCGAAACAAAUAGGGCACAAGGAGAAAAUGCGACAGAGCUUUACGACACUCCGGAAAGACCCUCAGCUGUCAUUUUGCCAAUGGAAAUUGCUAGUAUUCCCACAACUGAGAUUGCUUGAUCAUGUAUCACAGGACAUACAUGACUCUCUUUCCUGCGUGUCUUAUUUUAAAUGUGGCCGAUUAAACUUCGAAGAAUUCACUUCGUUACAACAAUUUCCAGUAAUUUGU